AUGAAUAGAACGACGCAAUCCAUGGCGUCUCUUCUGCCGUUGCUUCUCUUGGCAACCGUAGUGUCAGGUCAAAUUCCUCCCAUUAUAAACUAUGUGUUAAAGUUUGACGAUGGCACUGACGCGCAAUGCCGUCGAUUGUUUGCCAUUGAAAACAACUUGCCCUUUGAAGAAGCCGGAUUCUUUUGUCUGGUGAUUGAUCCCGAGGACACUGCAUUGCUUUAUGCCUCGUUUGAUACUAGCAAUGGAUGGGAAAUCGCCGAGACCAGUGCAUGGUUCAACACGAACAUCGACGACCUAGAGACCGAUAAAGACGGAUCUCCCCGUACCGACCGUUUCCCCUACCAGAGCGACAAUGACAUUGAUCCCGACGAACCCGUGACGACCUACGGAUUCCCUGUCUUGCUAGCCAAUGCCGGAUUCGACUGCAAUUUGGCUGCCGCCGAAGGAGAACAGAUUCUAGGAUCCGCCUUUGCACAGCUCGUACGAGAAAAUGCCGACGGAACGACUCAAGAAAAUGACGGAUGGGCCGAUGGUGUCAUUCCCGAAGACCCGGAAGCUGACAUUUUUGCCAUUUUCAACUUUACACUCCAAUGCGUCGAUUCCGCACAACUCACCGAUGCGCCCACGGCCAUGCCCUCGUUGCCCCCCAUCAUGACGCCCGCACCCAUCAUCACACCUGCACCCUUCAUGACACCCGCUCCCUUCAUGACACCCGCGCCCGUUCCUGUCCCUGCCACUCCGGCACCCACCGAUGCCAUGUUGCUCGACGAUGGAGCCAUGUGCGAUGACAAUAUGGAUUGUCGGGAUCUGGUUGAGAGGAGUCGCGUCACGGCACAGCUCACGCAGUGGUUGCAGACGGGAUUCCCCGCGGCGCCACCGCCAAUUGAAUUGACCGAGUUGGGAGUCUACAAUCAAAACACCAACAAUCAGGCCAUGGUAGCCAAGGUCGAUGGCGUUUGUUAUGGAAUCUUUGCUCCCACGGAAACGCAAGACUUGUUCAACUUUGGUACAACACCACUGUCGUCCUUUCAACAAACGUGCAACGUGCAUGAACGAGCUCAUUCGGCCUACUUUGCACCUGAACAACAAUUCUGGGAUUUGCGAUUGGCACAAUGCGCCAGCACUUGUCUCAAUACCAAUCAGCUAGGACUCCCCAAUUCCCCCGAGACACCCAUUGUGGUCAUGGAGAAUCGCAUCAUUCCCAUACCCACGGCGUUGGAUCCCGAAGCCUGUCCCAUUGUGAUUGGUGGACACGGCUUGGGAGGAGGUGCCGCGCUCGUCGCGAGUUUGACAUUGUUGGAUCUCGAACCCCAAGUCAUUACCUUUGGAGCUCCUCGUGCUAUUGCUCCCAAUUGUCCACUCAUGAACCAUGGAGCGGCGCUACGUCAUACGCGAUUCGUAAACUUGGCCUAUGUCCCGUCGCAAGAUACCAACCUCUUUGAUGCCAUUCCACAACUCGGCAGCACUCCCAACAUGCCUACAUUGCAUCAUUACGGGACGCCCGUCUUUCUCGACGAAACUCAAACCAUUGUGCUCGAACUCAACGAUGAUUCCACUCGAGCCAGUAUUUACAACAAUGACCCUAAUGCCGAUGUCAUGAUGCCGUCUCAAUUGUCGCUCUAUACCACACGCAUCCAACAGCUGGCGCUGGAAUCCUGUUUCCCCAUUCCGGCCGCACCGGCAUGGGCCAAUGGACAUUGGUGCGAUCAAGAUGAUUUGUGCGCAUCGCAACGCUGUCGGCCAUUCAUCUCCUUGGGAGGAGCUUCGUCGGUCGGAAUCUGUGCUGCCAAGGGACUCAAUGAAGAUUUCUGCUCGGAAAAUGGAGAUUGUGUCUCCAAUAUCUGUAACGGGGGACUCUGUUUGGGUGGAAGUCCACCGGGUCCACCUCCUGGCACACCUCAGGGUCCACCUCGCCCGGUACUCCGCAGGGUCCUCCUCUCCCGGACCAACACCUCAGGGCUCCACACCCGAUACUCCUCAGCCAGGCACCACCUACCUCCCGACCCGCACCCGGAUCACUGGCCAACGGGAACACUGAUCCAAUGGCGCUGCUUCUGCAACACCCAACGACAAUGCCCAGCUGUACCGACGGUCAGAUCGCGACUAUCAGACCUCGACGGGGAAUCUCCCUGGCUCUGUAUCACUCCCUUCUGCGCCCAUGCUCAGGCCUGCGAACGAACCCUCGGCAUUGGUCAGAGUGGAAACUGUCUCAAUGGAGAGUGUGGACUCCAGUCGGGUGAUCCAGCCGACUGUAGUGACGGUGGUGGCACCAACCUUCCCAGUGGGACCAAUGCUCCCACCGACGCGGGCUCCGCCCCUAUUGAAUGGUUUUGA